AUGGGCCGCUCCACCCCCAAGAACGCCCGCAAGCGUAACGGGAACAGCACACCGACUGCUGUUGAGGUCGACGACGACGGGUUCGAGAUCCCCCUCAUGCGUCCUUCAGAGAUCAUCGCCCAGGCCAACGCUCAAGCCAAGGCGACCUCAAGCAAGAAGAAGUAUACAAACUCGGUCCCCGACGCUGUUGAGCCCCUCGUCCAGCUCGGUCUCGAAGACUUGCGUGCUGCCGGCGUCAAGUUUACAGAGAUCGACGACGACGAGGUGGAAGGGCCCGAGGAGGUGGAAGUGGAUCCGGACAUGGAGGACCGCGACCUCGAGAUGGAGGCUUGGUGGGACGAGUUCUUCGACUCACUACUCCUUACGGUCCCCUUCUCGUUCCUCUAUCUCAUGCUUGACAUCCUCACCAAUCUUUCAUACCAGCGCAACCCAACCUACGGCUACUUUGCCAAGAACUUUGCCGUCUCGGCACCCACCAUCGGCGUUCUUGUCUUCUACAGCUCACGUCACGCCAACAACGAGCUCUGCCGCUUGAUUAUGAUCGUCGCCUCCGCACUGUCCGGCACCCGCUUGAUGUGGCUCGUCAACAAGGCGAGCUACACGACCGUCAUCGCACAGCUUUAA